AUGGCUCUUUGGCCCACUCGUAUGUAUCCUCCUUCGCGCUACAUGGAUGAUUGCUUCCAUGACAUAAAUCGCUUGGAAAGAAGAAUGAUGCACGACUUUGAUCGCUUUGAGAGAGGUAUCAUGCCAUAUUGGAGAGAUGCGGACCAUUCGAUUCUUCACGUGGCCAACCAAACGCAGGAGGUAUUUUUCAUCCUUUCCUGCAAGGAUACUUCGUGGAUUUUGUGUGUUUUGGGAACUGAAAAAAAAAGUUUUGAGGUAGUAAACGACGACAAGAAAUUCGCUGUUGCUCUGGAUGUGUCGCAGUUCAGGCCUGAGGAACUGAAAGUACACAUUGAUGGACGUGAUCUAACAAUAGAAGGCCAACAAGAGCAGAGGACAGAGCAUGGCUAUAUACAGAGGUCAGGCUAUCUAUUAGACUGCUUCGGUAUAUGCUACACUAAGCCCUUUUAGAU